UACCUAGAGCAGCCUGGUGACAUCCCCGCCCUCUACAAAAGCUGACCCCUUUUCUGUGUGCUGAGCUGUUCCAGAGGAGCCGGGAGCGCCAGGAGCCGUCCCCAGGGUCCGAGUGUACAGUGUUUUUCUGGAGGUCGCCUGUCUCUUGGUGGUAAACACCGCUGUGGCAGGGCACCGCUCGGGCCGCUGGAGCACACGGGUGUUUGCGGGAUCGUGGAGCUUUGCACUGGGCUGCAAAACCAGGGCUUGAGCAAGCAGCUGGAGAGAGUCCAGACUUCCAGGACUCUGAAGAAGCAGUUACAAGAAGGAUGCUCUUCCCCACCUCUGCGCAAGAUUCUUCCCGUGGCCUCCCAGAUGCAAAUGACCUGUGCCUUGGCCUGCAGUCCCUCAGUCUCACGGGCUGGGACCGGCCCUGGAGCACCCAGGACUCGGAUUCCUCAGCCCAGAGCAGCACACACUCGGUACUGAACAUGCUCCACAACCCACUGGGCAGUGUCCUGGGGAAGCCCCCCUUGAGCUUCCUGCCUCUGGACCCCCUUGGACCUGACCUGGUGGACAAGUUUCCAGCACCAUCGGCCAGAGGAUCCCGCCUGGACACCCGGCCCAUCCUGGACUCCCGUUCCAGCAGCCCCUCUGACUCAGACACCAGUGGCUUCAGCUCUGGAUCAGAUCAUCUCUCAGAUCUGAUUUCUAGCCUUCGCAUUUCCCCUCCUCUGCCCUUCCUGUCUCUGACAGGGGGUGGUCCCAGAGACCAUUUAAAGGUGGGCGUCGGGUCCCGGAUGGACCAAGAGCAGGCUGCUCUGGCGGCAGUGACUCCCUCGCCAACCAGUGCGUCAAAGAGAUGGCCAGGAGCUUCUGUGUGGCCAUCCUGGGACCUCCUCGAAGCUCCCAAAGACCCCUUCAGCAUAGAGAGGGAGGCUAGGCUACACCGACAGGCUGCAGCUGUGAAUGAAGCAACCUGUACCUGGAGUGGCCAGCUUCCUCCCCGGAACUACAAGAACCCCAUCUACUCCUGCAAGGUGUUCCUAGGAGGUGUUCCUUGGGAUAUUACGGAAGCUGGAUUGGUUAACACCUUCCGUGUUUUUGGCUCUUUGAGUGUGGAGUGGCCUGGUAAGGAUGGCAAGCACCCCCGGUGUCCUCCCAAAGGUAAUAUGCCUAAAGGGUAUGUGUACCUGGUCUUUGAAAUGGAGAAGUCUGUGCGGGCGCUGCUGCAGGCUUGUUCCCGUGACCCACUGAGCCCAGACGGCCUGAGCGAAUACUACUUCAAGAUGUCCAGCCGCAGGAUGCGCUGUAAGGAGGUGCAAGUAAUCCCCUGGGUCUUAGCUGACAGCAACUUUGUCCGGACCCCGUCUCAGAGACUCGACCCCAGCAGGACUGUGUUUGUGGGUGCCUUGCACGGGAUGCUCAAUGCUGAGGCCCUCGCUGCCAUCUUGAACGACCUCUUUGGUGGAGUGGUGUACGCUGGGAUUGACACGGAUAAGCACAAGUAUCCUAUUGGGUCUGGUCGCGUGACUUUUAAUAACCAGCGUAGUUACCUGAAAGCGGUCACUGCUGCUUUUGUGGAGAUCAAAACCACCAAGUUCACCAAGAAGGUUCAGAUUGACCCUUACCUAGAAGAUUCUCUGUGUCAUAUCUGCAGUUCUCAGCCUGGUCCUUUCUUCUGUCGAGAUCAGGUGUGCUUCAAAUACUUCUGCCGGAGCUGCUGGCACUGGAGACACAGCAUGGAGGGUCUGCGUCACCACAGCCCCCUGAUGCGGAACCAGAAGACCCGGGAUGCCAACUAGAGGAGCUGGCCUUGCCCGCCGGCCUGUUUCGCCCAAGGCAGGGAGGUCAGGCAGUAGCCUGCACCUCCUGCCACUGGCGACCAGGAAGCUGGCUUCCCGAGGACAAGGGAAAAAUCGUAGUCACCUUUGCACUUGCUGAAUCUGUCUUUGUUUCUGCACUAAUUAAUGCACAAUGAGUUUUGUCGGGUUUUGUUUUCAGGGGCUGUGCCAAGGCAAAGACCUUCUGGCCCAGCUCCAAGUGACUCUGUAGUUUUCCCAGAUUUUAGUUCCUCAUUUUGCCAAUGAAAAGCAAAAAAGAACUACGUGUCCAGAAGGUAUUGACAGGACGCCUACAACUAGGUUUAUUUAUUAAAGCGCUUUUCUACAUUCCUCGCAAUACUGGUGGUGAUGAUGCGCAGGCCCGGUUGGUCUCACCCUUGCAGUUGCCAUACAGUGCCUUUCCAUUUAUUUACCCCCACCUGAACGGCAUAAACUGAGUGUUCAGCUGGUGUUUUUUACUGUACACAACAAGGAGACUUUGCUCUUCAUUUAAACCAAAAUCAUAUUUCAUAUUUUACGCUCGAGGGUUUUUACCGGUUCCUUUUUACACUCCUUAAAACAGUUUUUAAGUCGUUUGGAACAAGAGAUUUUUUUUUUUUUUCUUUCCUGGCAGCUUUUAACAUUAUAGCAAAUUUGUGUCUGGGGGACUGCUGGUCACUGUUUCUUACAGUUGCAAAUCAAAAGUAUUUGCAACCAAGAAAAAAAAUUUUUUUGGAUUUGAAACUGGACCGGAUAAACGUGUUUGAGCGGCUGCUCUAUAUAGUUUUAAUGGUUUAUUGCACCUUCUUAAGUUGCACUUAUGUGGGGGGGAGGGUUGAUAGAAGUUUUUAAUCACAAAGUCAAAGGACUUUUUCUUUUUGUAACUGAGCUACAAAGGGCUGCUUUUUGGUGGGGCAGGUGAAGGCUCACAGGGGCCCUUUCUCUUAGAGGGACAAGUACCCUUCCCUUCCCUUCUCUCAUUUCAGAAAUGUAUGAAGCAACAGUUGCAGUCACUGAAAUGCUACUGGAAUUUGAAAACUUGACUUUUUUUUCGUUUUUUAAAAAACAAAACUACUUGCCCCUCUUUGGGAAGCCGUGUGCCAAAGAACCAGUGUCAUGACCCCCCCCCACCCCCGCUGAGCUGACGCGGCAUCGUCGCAUAUCCCAGCUACUCUGUGGGUUUGUGAAGCUGUGUGAAGUCUCUACCUCAUUGUCGUGUAUGCGGGCAAGACUGCGCUCUCCUACAGGUGUGCGGGGUAAGCUGUGGUGUAGUUUUUUUGGCACAUAAUAAACACGUUG